CUGCCGUCGUCUCUGGCGCGUCUGCUGAUACGCCGGACGCGCGUCAAUCCUGCCCUGAACCGGGUCCCGCGGCUGGAUGACAAUCGCGGCAACCUGAUGGCAGGUGCGAAAGCGGAGAUUUGCGACCUGACGCCGCGCGACAUUCAGAUCUGCGAGCGGGUCGGGGCGGAACUGGCGGUUCGCGGCGUGGCCUUUGCCGGUCUGGACAUCAUCGGCGACUACCUUACCGAAGGUGCAUAG